AAAAUGUUAUUUGAUCUAUAUAAAGUUGGAAAUCAAUAUAAUACUUGUUGUGGAUUACCAAACAAAUAUUUAUGCUAGGAAGAGUUUCGAAUUAUAUGGGGAUCUCCUGUGUCGUGGUACAUAUGUGUAAAAAUGGAUACUUUAUUCGAUCUACUAAAAGCGGCUCCAUCGGUAAAUGCUAAAGACCUGCAGCCUAAGAAAACCGGGGACUUAGGAACUGUUACCAAGAGGUCACCUUCUCCCGAACCACUUCAGGAGACACAAACGUCAAAUAAAAUUAAAAAAAUUGAUGAUAAGCUUAUCGAAGAGCCGGACUUUCAGAAUGCAUCUAUGUCAACGCCAUCUAAAUUCGACAUUAAGUCUAGUCUGACUUCUCCAGGCAUUCGGCGUGAAUCUAUGCCACCUCCGGAUACUAAUUUCGUAACCAAGAACAUUAAUAAAAGUCGUAGUCUGUCUCCCCCUAAAGGUUUAUUGGUAAAACCGUUGAAAGUUCUUGUGGAAAGAAAGAAAAUUGAAGAAUUUUCCAUUGGCAAAAGCUUCAAAUCUAAUAAAACAUCAAAGCCGAAUUCUACUGCUAAACGACAAAGUCAAGAAAAUCGUUCUUCAUCCACUUUAAAGAAUGGGGAAAAGUCCGCGAAAAAAGCAACGCCCACAAAGGCUCAACAGAAGCUAUUUGAUUCGGACGUAAUUAUAAAACCACAAAAACUACCCAAAUUUAAUGUGAAAACUUGUAAAGUUAGGUUGCUGCGUCAAGAUUUAUCAAAACUUCAAAAUGAAUUUCUCAUCAAAAGGAAAGAUCAGAAGAAAGCUAAGAAUUUGUCUCCUAAAACUAUUAAUAACCGUAAAAAAAGUAGUUCGUCAUCUCCAGAAAAGCUGUCGCCUUCAAAACGAGCCCGACAAACUUUUGAAAAGGAAACAAAUAGAAGAGAAUUUUUUAUAAAAUUACAUUCUUUUGCAAAAACAUCAAAGUCAAAAGUAAAAACAGAAAAAGUAACAAAAUUCUCUCCCGGGUCUAUUGCAAAGCGAGUUAACGCAGCCGCGGCAGUUUCAAGUACGAAACCUACCAAGUUUACUAGAACACAACUUAUAAGAAUGUAUGGCAAGCGGGUAUUUUGCUCCCGCGUUAAGAUCGAACGUUGUUCUCAUCCGAUGAUGCUAAUAUUCGAAUCAAAUGCCCGCGCCCGCCGUCUUCAAGCCAAACGCUCAAAAUCCAAAAAUUUGUCGGUGUCUUUUCGUGAACAAGUUGAAAUAUUUGGCGAUAGUAGUGAUUCAGAGGAACCCGAGGUUAAUCAGACUAGUGAUAUAGAUCUACCAUCUACAUCACAAGCAGCACUGAAAUCAUCCAAUUCUAGCAUUACUUCGCUUACUGCCACCCCAGCACGCCUAAAGAAAGUAGAAAAUGGCAAAGUAGUAGACGAUAUUUUACUCGAUCCAUCUCUAUUUGUUGCACCAACGGUUUCUAGCACACCAUAUGUCUCGCCUGGGCGAAAGAAGCGUGAGAAAAAAUCAUUCAGUCCUUUAAAAGGUGAUGGUGCGCCUAGCCCACGUAAGGAGCAGCUGAAAUUGGCAAAUGAGAAAAUGCCCCCAAGUAGUUUGAGACGAUUAACUGCAGACGAGGUCGACGAGGAGGAUGAUGAAGACGACGAAUGUGAAUAUAUAGUGCCCAUCGAAAUACCUGAGCGACGCAUAUCACGAACAAGCUCUACAAAUGCAAUUGAUGACAAUGUCGAAAAACAAGCGGAUGAGGUGUUGCAACAUGACUCAUUGACAGCAGAAUUUUCAGAUAUCGUUGAAAAUAAAACAACUGAACAAGACUCCUCAAGAGAAAGUUUUGCAUCCGCUGUGGGACACCCCAGUACUGGUAUUAGUGAUGAGCUACAUUUGGAUAAUACUACAGCUGAAAAUACAACAAAUGGCGCAAUUGAUAAAAUGGACACUGAACAAAUCGUUACCGACGUGGCGAUUGAACCUACCUGUGCAGGCUAUAGAAGCUCCGUCACAAAAGAACCCACUGAACUUACUCUAGAUUUAGUAUCGCCUUCACAGUCAUUAAACUCAUUAAACGACAUUGUCGGCACAAUUAUAAAUGAUGUUGGUGUUAAUAGAACAAAUAGUCCGAAAGAAACAACAAAGGACAGCGAGUCGUUGUUGUCAAACUGUAUAAGUGGCACUGAAGUCGACAACAGCGACAGAAGAGAUUCCGAGGAACUCGCUUUUGACGAACCAAAAUUGCGAAAUACCUUAGACAAUGAUAUAUCCUUACAAUUGUUCGCUGAUGAUGAUAACACAGCUAACUCGAAUUUCUUAGAAGCCAACGCAAUAAAGGAUAGUGAAAUUGUAGACGGAAUUGUACAGGAACGUAUCGAUGAAAUUUCAAAAGAUAAGCACUCUGGUUCGCCUAAUGAAGCAAAUACAAACAUAAGCUCCAAAGCGAAAGUCGAGUGAUAAUCUAGUAUGGAUGCUAAUAUGUAAUCUUAAGGAAGAAUUUGCAAAUUUUUUUUUUUUUAAUUUUAAUUCUGUUUUUAAUUAAAUUAUUGAUUUAACAUUUUGAUUGUAUGUUGUCAGUGCGGUGUAAAUAGUACCCGCUAGUUUGAUCAAAUUAUUUCUAAGUAUUGAUAUCUAUUGGUUAAUUUUGAAAAAAAAACCGCAAAUUAAAGUCUACGUGCGACAUUUUGUUACUUAUCAAAGUUUUUACAGCGCUUAUUGUCGUUAGUGGAGACUUUAAGUGCCUUUUCUGUUCAAAACGAUCAAAUGGUCGUUUAUCAUACCCUCAUUCGGGUUGCUUCUCUUUAAUGUACAUAUAUAUAUAUACAUUUAUAAAAUUAGAUUAAUACUUCGUAUAGAUUAAAGUUAAUUGAAGUAAUUCAAACAAAAACAAUUGUACCGAUUUGCUAAUCAUGCACAAUUUGCUAUAAAAUUUUCAAAUAAAAAUUGAAUUACAAAAAAAAAAAAAAAA